AUGGGCUUUUUUGACCAUCUCCAGAAAGGAGGGGCCGGAUCCUUCUCUCUACAACCAAAGAAGGCGCAAAUCCGCAAAGUCGUGCAGACUCGACCUGCAGCACCUACAAGAUCGGUGACACAAACCCCGGACUCUCGAUCGUCUCGAGUCCAGUCCUCGACGGAACGGAGCCGGAAGACGCAGACGGUGAAAUCUCGAUCGGUCUCCAGUGACCUGGAAGCACGCUCAGCGAAACGACUCAGCACCUCUUCGCGCAUUCGAAAAAGACCCACACCAGAACAAAGACUCUCCAGCGACGAUGAUGCAAGCGAUAGCGAAGCCUCCUUCGAAAUCCACAAACGUGCGAGGACCAGUGUCAGCGCUGAACCGGACCCGGAGCGGCGUCUGCGCUCGGUGAAAGCAUUUUCGGAGGAGGCAGCUCGCCCAUUCAAAAUGAUACAUGCCGCUGAUAUCACCUCGGGCCCAAACGCCGGCAAGUUCAAGCCAGCGUUCGGUGCGGCGGGCAAGCCGAAACAAAUCCUUCUGCAAUAUCCGAGUGCUUCGCAGCAGGAGAGAUACGACUCCGUGGUUCCCCGAGAGAAUGACGAAUUUCGACCUAUCGACGACAUCGUUCAGGUCAUCGAAACGGUCUCCGACAACUAUAUCCCUAAUGAGGCCGCGGACGAGUUCAAUAAUGAGACAACCGGAAUCAAGCGUCGGUUACGCCGGGCUUUGGCUGUCGCAUCCGAGUCACAAUUCCGGGAAGCUGUCGAUGAUUAUAACAAGGCUAUCCAGCGGCUGCGAACCAAUGGCAGUCUCGCGAAGCAUUUGGAUACAACCCAGGGUCUCGGUCUACCUUGGGUGGAAAGGAUUCUCACGCAAAUAUACGCACGCACGGUGUCACCUCGAGUCGAGUCCCUUCGGCAGUACGAGAAUGGCACGGACAAUGUCUACGGAGAACUUCUUCCCCGCUUCAUCAGCACGAUCUUCAAGGAAACCAAGCUCAAAUCGGGUCAGGUUUUCGUUGAUCUUGGCUCGGGUGUGGGCAAUGUCGUUCUUCAGGCGGCACUCGAAAUUGGCUGUGAGAGCUGGGGUUGCGAAAUGAUGGCAAACGCAUGUGAUUUGGCAGAUCUACAGCAAUCAGAGUUCAAGGCCCGAUGCCGGCUUUGGGGCAUCAUGCCAGGCAAGACUCACCUUGUUCGAGGUGACUUCCUCGAGCAAGAGAGUAUAAUCAGCGUCUUGAAACGGGCCGAUGUGGUGCUCAUCAACAACCAGGCGUUUACGCCUCAGUUAAACAAUGAGCUGAUCAACCACUUCUUGGAUAUGAAAGAAGGGUGCAAAAUCGUCUCUCUCAAGUCAUUCGUUCCUGCUGGUCAUAAAAUUCAGUCCCGCAACCUGAACUCCCCGAUCAACCUUCUUCAGGUCCAGCAGAAGAAUUAUUGGUCGAACCACGUGAGCUGGACCGACGUUGGCGGUACAUAUUUCAUUGCCACUAAAGACAGCUCUCGGCUGAAAGCCUUCAUCGAUAGCACCUCCUAG